CUCAUUGCAUCGUGUCUUAGUUGUUAAGUAGCUCUGGCUGUGUCAACAGCAAAUCAGCCAAUUCAAUAACCAUCAAGAAUAUCAGGAAAUUCAGUUAGAAUCACAAAAUUUCCUCGGGUGCUCAUCGAAUUUGCGCGGUGAUGUGACAAAGUGUGUUGAAAGUGAGUCUGAAAGCGUGAACUUUGCGUGAAGAAAUGCAUUCCAUAAGCUCAAAGCAGGUGAUUCUUGUGUGGAGUUUCCUCUUGUUGUCGGCACGAGCUCAACAAGUGCUAACGACGCCCUGUGCGGAUGUCUUUGAGUAUGAGAGCAUUUCGUCAAAUAACGAGCAGUGGAACGGCGUGUUACACUUGAGGACCAAUGUUAUGCUUCACGGAGUGUUCAUUGAUGUUAUCUUGGACUCGAGGGCGCACAGUCUGGGCGCCAACUACAGAUUCAGCAUCACCACAUUGGACAACACGGAGUACAGACUCGACGACAGGACAUACAAAUUGCGUCCCAGUGAGCAAACGGAUGUGAGAUUCUAUGUGCGCUACAAUUCAUAUCACGCCCCAAAAGUCAUAUCGGUCAGACUCAAUGGACAGCGAAUCUGUCCUGAUCACGUCACAACAACUGAACCCAUUCAGACAGUUCGGUCAGUUCAGAAGUCAUCUGCUGAUAUCGCAAGGGACACAGCGCUGUACUACGAAGUUGUAGGAUCGACAAAUCAAAACUCUGGUUCGCGCACUUCCAACAAAGAUCAACCCGUGACGAGCAGAGGUAUUUUCCAGAGUGACGCAAUCUUUUCAUCCGAUAGUAAUUACGCUCCUAAUCAACUAAGCACCAUAAGAUCCACAAACUCUCACACAUCCAGCAGCACACCUUACUACACCCCAACAUCUCUGACCAGUAACGAUCAGCCACUGAGACGAGACGCAAGACCAGUGAUCGCGAAUUCUGGCCGCGAUGACAUUAAUUACGAAUCCGGAAGAUCGGUGACAACCAGACCUGUGACCAAUCAAGAGAGCACCACGCGGCGGAUCCUCUUCAACCACCACAACGACGAGUAUCCCUACAAUCAAGUCAUCACGACCACGACGGAGAGUUACAGGACUACGCGCUAUCGAGACGAUCGCCUGAGAGCCGCCAACGCCAGGACAACCACCAGGAGUCCCUACUUCCAGGGCGAUCUGUCCAAGUUCAAUCCAACCGAGCGGGAUUCCGCACCGCGCCUGUCGUUCGACACGUGCGGCGAAGUGGCGCGCAAAUCAAACGCAUUAAUUGUGUCCGGGGAGGAGUCAUAUCGUGGUCAGUUCCCCUGGCACGCGGCGCUGUACAUAUCAUCGGGGCCCGAGCUGAAGUAUACCUGUGGCGGGAGUCUCAUUAACCGGCGAACCAUCCUCACGGCAGCCCAUUGUGUGGCACUGAAAGACUCCACGCGACCCAUGCAAGCCUCCCAAUUACUCAUAUAUCUGGGCAAAUACAGCCUUCUGCAGUGGAAUGGUCCUGAAGAAGAUGUCAAGGUGUCCGAGAUCAUCAUUCACCCCAACUAUGAGAAUGAGAAAUUCUACUCGGACCUGGCGAUUGUGAAGCUGAAGACGGAGGCCCGCUUCAGCGAGUACGUCCGGCCGGUGUGUCUGUGGCCCUUCAACAAAGAGCUGCGCUCGAUUGUCAAUAAAAUCGGCACAGUUCCCGGCUUUGGCUACAACGAGCACGGCAUUGUGGAUGACAAAUUGUCGCAUGUUAAUAUGCCCGUCGUCACACAUGAAACCUGCAUUUGGUCCAACAGGGACUUCUUCAGUCGUCUCACAUCAAAUGUUACCUACUGCGCGGGAUUCAAUAACGGAUCCUCAGUGUGCAAUGGAGAUAGUGGCGGAGGAAUGGUGUUCAAGGAGAACAACAAGUGGUACAUCAGAGGCAUUGUCUCAGUGAGUAUCGCUCUUCAGAAUCACUUCCUCUGCGAUCCGGAUCACUAUGCGAUCUUCACGGAUGUGGCGCAAUUCACUGACUGGAUAAGGGAUCAUAUGUAAUCAUAGUAAUAUGAAAUUAAAGUAACUGACUC